GAGAGACACACACACAACACGGGGCGGAGCAGAAAGGUUCGGUUCCCUUCCGUCCCCAACCCCCAACAUUUUCUACCCUCUUUCCACCCACCCCCUAAAUCACCUCCUCCACACCCCCCGCCCCAAAUCCCCGCCAAAGCCAGAAGCUGGAACCCGACCUUGCAGCCUGCUGUACAAUGAUGACCGAGCCCCGGGGCGGAGGGCUCUGAGCAAGGGUGCCGGGAGGGACGAGGUGACGGACGAAAAGAUGAUGGGCUUAGGAGAGGUGGAGACGAGCAGCCCACGCCUAAGGCACUACAACUGACUGUUAGAAGCUGGAAGUAGAGAGACAGGGAGACAGAGAGAGAGGAGAAUGGAUGCAGUAGAUCCGGCGGACACAGAUGGGGAGAGGGGGAUGGCUGUAGUCCAGCUUAGUGACCCAACCCGUCCAUGCAGCAGCUCUGACUGGCCACAGGAAUAUUUCACGGAAGUGGUUGGAGGAGAAUGGCUGCUCGAUCACUCAGAGAUCACUGCCGAACAUAGGGACACCAUCUCCGAAGGGAUGAGGGGCGGACAAUCGGACGGAGUUGAUCAGAAUGUAACACCACCUGUGCCAACCUGUUCAGAAUCCAAGUGCCCCACAGAACCCUGCCUGGGUGGACACAGCGAUGGUGAUCGGGAGGGCUCCGAGGCGACCGCAGCUCAAUCGACAGACGCCCCCUCCCAGGGUGGCCAAGCGAGCCCACCCGAUGAGCCUGCAGGUGGGAGGCAGGAGGACAGAGGAUGCCAGGCCCGGGAGGGCUGUAAUCUGGGCAGCGCGAAGCCCCGCCGGCGCUCCCUGUCACUUCUGGACACCAGCGACAGAUACAGUACCAUGAAAAGGCGAACCCCAGAUUUCAGUGACCGUGAAGUGUUUUUUGAUCUGGUAUGGGAGGUGCAGAGCAGGCGCUUCAAUGACCAGCGUUGCUCGUUCCGGAGGGUCAGGGACCGUCGGCUUUAUCGAUCGAUGCCCUCAUCCCCGCUGGACAGAGAGAAUUCUAUCUUCGCCUCUAUGUCCUCUCUGCAAACCGAGGAAUUCUUCGACCUCAUCGCCUGCUCCCAAAGCCGCCGACUCAAUGACCAGCGAGCGGAUUUUGAGGACUGCCCCACUGCCGCCCUCUGCACCCCCUUCCCUGUUGAGUAUCUGGCUCCACUGGGAAGCAUGGCAUAUCAAACGCCGAGCGGAGAGUCCCCGGCAGCUACUGUCUGCCCACGGAGCGAGCAGGCACCAGCCGAUGAAGGGCACCCUGUCGCCGGCGCCGGGGAGCAGCCAGCAGGGAGCGAGCAGGGUCCGGCAGACGGAGGGAAGGCUCCAGCGGAGAGGGAGGAGCUUCCAGCGGAGAGCGGGGGCGAUCCAGCAGAGGUUGAGGAGGCUCCAGCGGAGCGAGGGAAGACUCCAGCGGAGAGUGGGAAAAUUCCAGCGGAGGGAGAGGCGGUUCCAGCGGAGGACGAGGUCAUUCCGACCGGGAGUGAGGACAGGGCGGCAGCAGCGAGGGCGGAGAUCCCAGCAGAGCGGCAGGACAUCGCAGCAGAAGAAGAGGAGGCUCCACUACAUCAAACCAAGUAUUUAGUGCAUAUGUCAACAGGGAAGACGGAGCCAGAUGAUGAACUGUAUAACACCAUCUUAACACAUCAGUCUGCCAGUGCACGUAUUGAGGACCAGCGCUGUGACCCUCCAGCUUACAGCACCCAGGCUCUCUUCGACCUGCUACAGCGAAUGCAGGAACAGCGUAUGGACGAGCAGCGGGCACACCUGCCUCCGGGACUGGCACCGAGGAGGGCAGCAGCCAGGGUCCAGGAGGAGAGGCGGCCCUCCAUCUUCUCCCCUCUGCUGAAGGGCAUGUCCCAACGCCGGGCCAACUCCAACUAGGUGGGCACCCCAGUGGCACAAGAGAUCAAAAAGGAGUGGGAGAAGGAAACACCACACCCCUCCCUUCCACCUCCACACACUCACACACACACACAAACACACACUCACACACUCACAAACACACACACUCACAAACACACACUCACAAACACACACUCACACACACACACUCACACAAACACACUCACACAAACACACUCACACACACACACACACACACACUCUCACACACACACUCUCACACACACACUCUCACACACACACUCACAAACACACACACACAAACACACACUCACAAACACACACACUCACAAACACACACUCACAAACACACACACACAAACACACACACACACACUAAUUGAGGUAUACAAGAUAAUGAGAGGCAUAGAUAGAGUUGAUAGCCAGAGACUAUUUCCCAGGGCAGAAAUGGCUGGCAUGAGGGGUCAUAGUUUUAAGCUGGUUGGUGGAAAGUAUAGAGGGAAUGUCAGAGGCGGGUUCUUUACACAGAGAGUUGUGAGAGCAUGGAAUGCGUUGCCAGCAGCAGUUGUGGAAGCAAGGUCAUUGGGGUCAUUUAAGAGACUGCUGGGCAUGUAUAUGGUCACAGAAAUUUGAGGGUGCAUACAUGAGGAUCAAUGGUCGGCACAACAUCGUGGGCUGAAGGGCCUGUUCUGUGCUGUACUGUUCUAUGUUCU